GGGCUAAUCUAUGUUUUACCAAUUUUGAGCCAUAAAAUAAAAAUGGGUUCUUCUUCUCUAAUCAUCCACUCUUUUCUUGUUUUGAUUCUUUCACUCCUUUGUGUUUGUUUCGUUUUCUGCAAUCUGGAUCAGACCCAUUAUGCAAAAGAGAUUCUCAGUGAAUCCUGGCAUGAGAAAGCUUGGCUGGUCUCUAUUAGAAGGCAAAUUCAUGAAAACCCAGAACUCAAAUUUCAAGAGCACAAUACCAGUGCUCUUAUCCGUAGAGAACUCGAUAAACUUGGCAUCUCCUAUUCAUACCCACUUUCCAAAACCGGCAUUGUUGCCCAAAUUGGAACCGGUUCUCCCCCUGUUGUUGCUCUUCGUGCUGACAUGGAUGCCCUCCCUUUGCAAGAGCUUGUUGACUGGGAGCAUAAGAGCAAGAUAGAUGGUAAAAUGCAUGGAUGCGGUCAUGAUGCACAUACCACAAUGCUUCUUGGCGCUGCCAAGUUGUUUAAUCAACGGAAGGAUAAGCUCAAGGGAACUGCUAGACUAAUUUUUCAACCUGCUGAGGAAGGUGGUGCUGGUGCAUCACACAUGGUACAAGAAGGUUCUCUUGGAAAUGUUGAAGCAAUAUUUGCAAUGCAUGUUGCCUAUGAGAUACCCACAGGUAGCAUAGCAUCAAGAGCAGGGCCAUUGUUGGCUGGUGUAUGCUUUUUUGAAGCAAAAAUAGUAGGCAAAGGCGGUCACGCUGCAGCACCCCAUCAUAACAUAGAUCCAAUACUUGCUGCAUCAUUUUCCAUUCUGGCACUGCAACAGCUCGUCUCAAGAGAAACUGAUCCCCUCAACAGUCAGGUCCUAUCUGUUACUUAUGUCAAAGGUGGGAAUGCAAUGAAUAUAAUUCCACCGCAUGUUGAAUUUGGGGGAACUUUGAGGAGCCUUACAACCGGAGGCUUGCAGACACUUAUGCAUAGAUUAAAAGAGGUUAUUGAAGGACAGGCUGCAGUGCAUAGAUGCGGUGCAUAUAUAGACUUUAAGUUAGAAGAGUUCCCACCAAUACCUGCUGUCGAAAACGAUGAAAGCUUGCAUAUGCAUGUGAAAAGGGUUGGAAAUCUUCUUCUUGGUCAUCAGAAUGUCCAUGAUGGCAGGAAGUUUAUGGCUGGCGAUGACUUUGCCUUCUAUCAGGAAAAAAUUCCCGGAGCAAUGUUUGGCAUUGGAAUUAGAAAUGACGAAGUUGGUUCCAUUCACCCACCUCAUUCUCCUCACUUCUUCCUUGAUGAGGAUGUGCUUCCAAUUGGGGCUGCAUUGCAUACUGCUCUGGCUGAGUUAUAUCUGACUCAACACCAACACUCCGACAUUAUUGUACAAUAAAUAUCUCAGAGAUUGGUUUUGGUUUAAAUCUUUUAGACUUACGGAGAAAUGCAAAUGAUGCUGCAUGCUGUUUGUGUCAAAACUGCAUGUCUAAUAGCAGAAAAUGUAGAUAAUCCUGGGAAUUGGAAGCAGAAUUAGAGCUUGUUAUAGUCAUUCUGGACUGUAGGAUCCUUGUUCUCUAAAAUAACUAUGUUUGGGAUUAAACCUGAUCUAGCGGACAUCUCUUUGUGAUUUUCUUGGUCUUUAAUGGUAUUAUGACCCUACUUUAGGACUGGAAAACUUAAAUCCCAAAUUCCUAGUAGUGGAGGCUAUUCAUAACUAUGUACUUGGAAGGCCUAGUUGCUUGGCCGUCCUGAUUUUUGUGGCUUGUAAUAUAGUUGGGGACAAUUUAAGAGACAUUUUCGCUUUAUUUCUUUAAUGCCAAGAUCUUUCUUCUAAAUAAACUAAUGAUUUAUUUUUUA